AUUGUGCUCUCUCUCUUUCUCUCUCUACUCUCCUCCUCUCGUCUCCGGAAGCCCUAAAUCUUACUACACCAAAUCCACAAGUGAAUUUGAUCACCGUGUUGGGGUUUUACAUGUUGCAGAUCAAGAUGAAGGUAAACUAGGGCUCGAAUUAAGCUCGAAGUUGGAUGAAGAGAUGUCUGUCGCAGAGCUAAAAGAGAGGCACAUGGCUGCUACAGAAACCCUGAAUUCUCUCAGGGAACGGUUAAAGGAAAAACGGCUUCAACUUCUCGACACAGACGUGGCGGGUUAUGCAAAAGCUCAAGGUAAGACUCCGGUUGAAUUCGGCCCGACUGAUCUGGUUUGUUGUCGGAUUUUACAAGGACAUACUGGGAAGGUGUAUUCAUUGGAUUGGACUCCUGAAAAGAAUCGUAUAGUUAGUGCAUCCCAAGAUGGAAGGUUGAUAGUUUGGAAUGCUCUCACAAGUCAGAAAACCCAUGCCAUCAAACUCCCAUGUGCCUGGGUUAUGACAUGUGCCUUUUCUCCAAGUGGACAGUCAGUUGCAUGUGGUGGCCUUGAUAGCGUAUGUUCCAUCUUCAAUCUUAGCUCACCACUUGACAAGGAUGGUAAUAUACCAGUAUCAAGAAUGCUUAGCGGACACAAGGGCUAUGUCUCCUCUUGUCAGUAUGUUCCCGAUGAUGAUACUCGCUUAAUAACCGGUUCUGGUGAUCAGACAUGUGUAUUAUGGGAUAUAACUACAGGAUUGAGAACUAGCGUAUUUGGAGGAGAGUUUCAAUCAGGGCAUACAUCAGACGUUCUGAGUGUGUCGAUCAAUGGCUCCAACUCAAGAAUGUUUAUCUCUGGCUCUUGUGAUGCAACUGCCCGUCUUUGGGACACACGUGUUGCAAGUCGAGCAGUAAGAACAUUUCAUGGUCAUGAGGGGGAUGUUAAUUCUGUAAAGUUCUUCCCGGAUGGAAAUAGGUUUGGAACUGGAUCAGAUGAUGGAACUUGCAGACUUUUUGACAUUAGAACUGGGCACCAGCUCCAAGUGUACCCUCAGCAGCAGGGUGAUAACAACGCCGCUAAUGUGACUUCUAUUGCGUUCUCCAUAUCUGGACGUCUUCUCUUCGCUAGCUACUCCAAUGGUGAUUGCUUUGUAUGGGAUACUCUAUUGGCAAAGGUGGUUUUAAAUCUUGGAUCUCUCCAGAACUCGCAUGAGGCUCGUGUGAGCUGUCUGGGUUUGUCUGCUGAUGGCAGUGCCUUGUGCACAGGAAGUUGGGAUACCAGUCUCAAGAUUUGGGCUUUUGGAGGGCACAGGACAGUGAUCUGAACAGCAGUGAGUGGUAAGUUGGUAACUAGUGAGUCUGAUUUGCAUCUUUGAUAGCGAAUGCCCGUGGAUGAGGAAAUUGUUAAAGCUGUUAGCCGUUUUACGUAUUGUGGAAUGAACAUAAAGUAAAUAUUUUCAUCAGAUUUUGUUGGUAAUCUCUAUUUUCAUCUGAUCGGGGAUCGUUCAUAUACCAA